AUGCCUCGCCACGACAUCUGGAGCCCGGAUGCGUUCCAGAAUCCGGCGUUCAAUACCGGAACGACUGCCUUGCCCCGCCGUACCCAUCCCCACACGAGCUCCCAUGCUCCCCGCACGACAACUCGGGACUCGGAGCCCGGCAAUGGCGACGGCGUCACGAAGGAGUACUUCAAGCACUCCAGCGGAAAGCGUGUCAACACCGAUGCUUUAGUUUCCAAGGCUCUUAAGGAGCAGUACCCGCACCUUGAGCUCGUUGUCGUCCCCGAGGCCCUUGGUAUUGACAGUGACUGUAACCUUCUUGCGUUUGCACAAGCUGGGCACGCCAGCUUCGAGGUCGUCGAGGACAAGAGCACCAAUCUUCCCUCGUCUCUCGAAUGGCUCAUCUAUCUCCCUCCAGCCCGCCGUAUUGAUGGGGAUCAGGGAGGCCUCGCCAGCACGACCAAGUUUGGCAAGUAUCUGUACAAGUGGGAGGGUCAUGAGUUCAUCCUCUACUUGAUCGACGGCCGCGAUGGAACAGUCCCUUACCCAGUCAAAAACUACUAUAUCCUAGCUCCCGAGACGUACCACAUCGACCAGCUUGUCCUUGCCGCCGGGAAAUGGAGCAGCGAUCUUCAUGAGGAAGUGUGGGUUUUCGACGGGGGCUUUUGGCAAAAGAGCCGCGAGCUCUUUGAGAGCUUCCGGAAUGCCUCAUGGGACAGCGUCAUCCUCGACGAAGACAUGAAAAAGUCUCUUAUUGAGGAUCACCUCUCAUUCUUCAACUCUCGGGACACCUACCAGAACCUCAAGGUACCUUGGAAGCGCGGCCUGAUUUAUUACGGACCGCCAGGCAACGGAAAGACGAUCUCGAUCAAGGCCACAAUGCACAUGCUAUACCAGAAAAACAUCCCCACGUUGUAUGUGCGGUCGCUUGUCUCUUGGAUGGGGCCAGAGUACUCCAUCAAGCUGAUCUUCGCCAAGGCGCGGGAGUAUGCGCCCUGCUACCUUGUCUUGGAGGAUCUUGACACCAUCAUUACCGAUGAGGUCAGGAGUUACUUUCUCAAUGAAAUGGACGGUCUGAAGUCCAACGACGGCAUCUUCAUCAUUGGCAGCACAAACCAUCUGGAUCGCCUCGAUCCAGGCAUUUCCAAACGCCCAUCUCGAUUCGAUCGAAAGUACUUCUUCCCAGACCCGAGCCUCGAACAACGCAUCGACUACUGCCAUUUCUGGCAGAAGAAGCUCAAGGCCAACAAGGAGAUUGACUUCCCCGACAAGCUGUGCGAAGCUAUAGCCAAAAUCACUGACAAGUUCAGUUUCGCCUACAUCCAGGAGGCCUUCGUCGCCGCCUUGCUGGCCAUUGCGCGCCGGUCAAACCACGCUAAGCGUGACAGCAUUCAGGCUCUGACGGAGCAGCUUGAGGACGACUGGCUUGAUGUUGUAGACGCUUCAGAUGACGAGGACUUGAAGAAAUUGGUAUUGUGGGUCGAGAUCAAGAAACAGAUUGAGAUUCUCAGGGAGGGUAUGGAACAAGAAAUCUAG